AUGCGACUUGCCUGUCUGAAAAACGAAUCUCUCUACCAGGAGGCCAAGUCUUAUUUAGAACACAACGUCAACAGUCUAAUUACCUCCGUGUGGAUCGGACUCCACACGACAUCAUCAUCUGCACCAUAUGUGUAUGUUUGGGAGGAUGGAGAAGAAGCUACUUACUUUAAAUGGAACUCGUCGCCACUGGAACCGAACCAACAGAAUAGUGAGCAGUGUAUCAGACUGUAUAAAGACUCUCUAAGAUUCGGGACGUAUGGUUGUAGUGAGAAGAAACAAUUUCUAUGUGAAGAUUUAGUAACAGAUGGAGAAUGGUCUGGCUGGAUCACAUGGUCUGCAUGUAGCGCCAUUUGUGGAAACGGAAUACAGUCUCGCAAUCGAUCAUGUAAUUCUCCCCCUCCUUCUAACGGAGGGGCGGAUUGCAUGGGAGCGGACAAAGAAGAUAAAUUAUGUAAUCUACAAAUAUGUGCAGUGAAUGGAUCCUGGUCUAUGUGGAAUGAGUGGUCAGUCUGUGCUCCGAUGCAGUGUGUUACAAACCGAACACGAUCUAGGUCAUGUGACUCACCUCCUCCAUCACAUGGCGGUAAUAACUGUGAGGGUAAGGAUCAGGAAAGAGAAAGCUGUGAACAUCUCAUCUGUCCUCUUGAAGAACGUUUAACCUGUACACAGUUAUCAGAAAACAGUUUCACGUUGCCAGAAUUGGAAGAAAAAAUACAGGAAAUUUCUAAAACACUGGCGGUGAAUAGAACAAAUCUGUCGUCGGAAAUUCGCAAAAAGACAUGCGCAGAAGACCCUAGACCAUCAUCAAAGUAUAUAGGUGUGGUGGCGUGACAUUCAUCGGAGUUUAUUUCGGACUUCUUCUCUUUGUUGACUGUACGUCUCUGCUAAGAUGGGCGUGUUCAAACAUCAAGUGAAAUUGCAUCGAGACUGGAGAUACAUGGCGUCUCUAUAAUUUUUCUGUAGUGAUAUUAUUUCUAUCAUAUUAUAUACU